AUGACCCCUACGAACUUUGCCACUGGACAUUCUAGUGCUAUAAAUCCAUUUUCUCGCAAUAUAAAUGUUGACGAGGCGCGGAAAGCAAAUGACUUGCGCCUUAAAUCAUGCUUUGAAUCGAUAUGUGAAAAGUACGGGAAGGAUUUCCGCAAUGUGGGCGACGAGAUCGAUUUGGAAACAGGCCAGAUUGUGGUUGAUAACGGGCAUCUUCACCAAAUGGAAGCCGAGGAUGACGUUGGAAUGCUGGGUUGCGAUAAGUUUCAUUCAGCCAAACACCUAGGCACAGAUGUUAAGACACCUGCCACGGUUACCGGAUCAAGAACUACUUUGCAGACUGUGCAUCAGCGAGCGGACUUGGAUUUGAAAGACACGUUCGAGAAUCGUUCGUGUUCCAUAGAAAACGCACACUUUCUGCAGCUCCUCGAUUUCCAGCCGAGCAAUCACUAUCACCCAAUGCUUGAUUACCUGCCCAACCAACCCUGUCCCAAGCAUUACAUGCUUGGAGCCAAAGUUAGAAAGGCGAAUGCUGCUACGCAGUUCGACGCAGACGGGAAUUCGGACUCCGAUGAUCCUUUGCAGGAUAACUACCUCCAAACCAGUAUGACAUCCCGCUCCUUUACCCCCUUCCUACUUGCACACUCACACCACUUUGCAAUGAUCAGGAAAAUAAGGCCCUACUAUCUCACCAAACGCAUUGGAGAUCCGAGUGCAUCUUCUGCUUUAUAUUAA